CUUCAAAUGAGGGUUUAUUGCUCUGUCGCAAAGGGUUGGAGAUGAGUUUGACUGGGUAGAUCAUACUUGAUGUUUGCUAUUAACCAUUCUCGUGCUAUCCCAGCUGCUACUUGCCACCAUCCCCAUCGAGAAGACCAGACCUUACCGCCCCCCUUUCACCUUCUACUUUCCCAAGGUUCCUACGAGCACGAUAGUAACAAAAGGUCAGGACAGAAGGCGAAUGAUGAUUUUGGGCUUUAUACAACCAAGGCUUGUGCAACAUGAAUUCAUAGACCUGGUGCGCCUGUGUGGAUGAGCGGAGACGAUGUAGGCAAGAAAAGCGAGCGACGUGUGUUGCACAUCAGCCAUGAAUAAAGAAAAUGUGUACGACCGUCUGGUCCUCUGAAUCACGAGCAUGGAACUAAAUUGAAUGUCAUACGGCCAUAACCCCCAA